GCUUCCCUGGCCGCCGCCAUUGUCGCGCUCGGAGCCCCUCAGCGCCGGCGGCCGAGGCGAAGCCAGUGGCGGCGGGAUGGCAGACGCCAACAAGCCCGAAGUGGUCGCGGCGACAGGCGACCACAGCCCGCACCGGCAGCCCGCGGAGCCUCCGGGCGAGCCGCGGCGGGAGCCACCGCCCCCGGAUCCGGAGAAGCAGCCGCCUCAGCACAGCAGCAGCUCCAACGGCGUUAAAAUGGAGAAUGAUGAAUCAGUAAAAGAGGAGAAAUCUGACUUAAAAGAAAAAUCUACAGGAAAUAAGAAGGCCAAUCGAUUUCAUCCUUAUUCAAAAGACAAGAAUUUGGGCACUGGAGAAAAGAAGGGUCCAAAUCGUAACAGAGUUUUUAUUAGCAACAUUCCCUAUGACAUGAAGUGGCAAGCCAUUAAAGAUCUAAUGAGAGAAAAAGUUGGUGAGGUUACAUACGUGGAGCUCUUUAAGGAUGCGGAAGGAAAAUCAAGGGGUUGUGGUGUGGUUGAGUUUAAAGAUGAAGAAUUUGUAAAGAAAGCAUUAGAAACUAUGAACAAAUAUGAUCUUAGUGGAAGACCUCUGAAUAUUAAGGAGGAUCCUGAUGGCGAAAAUGCUCGUAGGGCAUUGCAACGAACAGGAGCAUCAUUUCCAGGAGGACAUGUUCCGGAUAUGGGAUCGGGGUUGAUGAAUUUGCCACCUUCCAUUCUUAAUAAUCCAAAUAUUCCUCCUGAGGUUAUCAGUAAUUUACAGGCUGGUAGGCUUGGUUCCACAAUUUUUGUUGCUAAUCUUGACUUCAAGGUUGGAUGGAAGAAGCUAAAGGAGGUGUUCAGCAUAGCAGGAACUGUAAAGCGGGCAGACAUUAAGGAAGACAAAGACGGCAAGAGCAGAGGAAUGGGCACUGUGACUUUCGAGCAAGCAAUUGAAGCAGUUCAAGCAAUUUCUAUGUUCAAUGGGCAGUUUUUAUUUGAUAGACCUAUGCAUGUGAAAAUGGAUGACAAGUCUGUGCCUCAUGAAGACUACCGUUCUCAUGAUAGUAAAACACCACAGUUACCACGUGGUCUUGGAGGCAUUGGAAUGGGACUUGGUCCAGGUGGACAACCUAUCAGUGCCAGUCAGUUGAACAUAAGUGGUGUAAUGGGAAAUCUAGGUCCAAGUGGUAUGGGAAUGGAUGGUCCAGGUUUUGGAGGAAUGAAUAGAAUUGGAGGAGGAAUUGGGUUUGGUGGUCUGGAAGCAAUGAAUAGCAUGGGAGGAUUUGGUGGAGUUGGCCGAAUGGGAGGAAUGGGUGCCAUAGAUGGCUUCAGAGGCAAAUGGGCACUAGGGGAUAAGGACAAGCAUGGCAGGAAUGGGGAUGGUAUGUGUGAUAUGGGAGAGCUAUACCGUGGUGCGAUGACUAGUAGCAUGGAACGGGAAUUUGGACGUGGUGAUAUUGGAAUAAAUCGAGGCUUUGGAGAUUCCUUUGGUAGACUUGGCAGUGCAAUGAUUGGAGGGUUUGCAGGAAGAAUAGGAGCUUCUAACAUGGGUCCAGUAGGAUCUGGAAUAAGUGGUGGAAUGGGUGGCAUGAACAGUGUGGCUGGAGGAAUGGGGAUGGGACUGGACCGCAUGAGCUCCAGCUUUGAUAGAAUGGGACCGGGUAUAGGAGCUAUCCUGGAAAGGAGCAUCGACAUGGAUCGAGGAUUUUUAUCGGGUCCCAUGGGAAGCGGAAUGAGAGACAGAAUAGGCUCCAAAGGCAACCAGAUAUUUGUCAGAAAUCUGCCUUUUGACUUGACUUGGCAGAAACUAAAAGAGAAAUUCAGUCAGUGUGGUCAUGUAAUGUUUGCAGAAAUAAAAAUGGAGAACGGAAAGUCAAAAGGCUGUGGGACAGUCAGGUUUGACUCCCCAGAAUCAGCUGAAAAGGCCUGCAGGAUAAUGAACGGAAUAAAAAUCAGUGGCAGGGAAAUUGAUGUUCGCUUGGAUCGCAACGCGUGAUUUCACCACGGUGGGAACUUCCCUUCAUCUGUUUUGCUGAACCUCCUAGGAAAAGUCCUGUUGUUUGUUUUUUUGUUAUUUUUUUAAAAGUAAUAUUGUAUGCUUACAAAGCUGUAAAAAUGAACUUUUAAAACUCCCACCAGCUUUU